AGACGUUCUCACAAGAGAACAGCAUCUUCUUAGCAUUUCGGCUUCCACGCCCCGCGUUAUCCCCACCGCGCACCCCCAGUGCCCGCCUUUGUUCGCAUCACAACAAUCCCCGAACAGAUGGUGCUCUGCUUGGGAAUCGAGUGACAACCACCGGCCAGCAACCAAUCGCAUGCUCGGGAAUCAGCUGACUCGCGUGGACAGCGCCAGGUGCUGUCAUCAUAUUUUCCUUAGCGACGCGGCGCGGGUUCAACAGUAGCACGGAUAGUAGCCAGUCAGCGCGUUCCCGUCGCAAGGAUACAUGGCCAUGCGCUCGGGAAAGGCUGCACGCGAACGUUUGCAGAGUGGAUGUAACGAAGAGGUGCAGGUGUGAUCGUGAAACAUUUCCUAAUACGGGGGGCAGAUGGAUUUUCUUUCAAGACCGAUUCUUCUGUUUGCAAGGGUAUAGUGCAUGAAGCAGCCAACGCCAAAACCGGACUUCAGUGCCAUUCGGGAACGUGUAGGCUUACGAGCCAAAGAGGUCAAGUCUCCAGUCUCAGGUUCAAGCUGUGAGGAACGUUGAGUCCUGAAUGAGCCCACAGGAACUGCAACCUUUAAAAUCUUUCGGAAGCUCUUUGACUGCCCCGUUUCAGUAGCUUUCAGAAGGAUAAAAGGACUAUUCUGCCACACUUCUAUUGAAUGAGAAUCGCACCUCACCAUCUCUUUGUCGCUAUAGGAAUUCUAACUCAGAUCUAAGAGGAUAAACACCUCCAGUCAGAAUGGCAAGAGGGACUUUCUUUUUUGUUGUGCAGGGCCAGUUUUGUUAUUUCCUGCUUCUGGUUUUCCUUGCCAUCUCUUCUGUUCAAAGUACAGAAUGUCCCCAGCUUUGCGUCUGCGAGAUCCGGCCGUGGUUCACGCCCCAGUCCACCUACAGAGAAGCGACUACUGUGGAUUGCAAUGACCUUCACCUCACGCGCAUCCCUGGAAACCUGUCCGCUGAUACGCAAGUGUUGCUCCUCCAAAGUAACUACAUUGCCAGAACUAGCGAGGAACUGGAACAGCUGCUGAACCUCACAGAACUGGACCUGUCGCAGAACAACUUCAGCAACAUCCAUGAUAUCGGCUUGACCAACAUGUCGCAACUCACGACGCUUCACUUGGAAGAGAACCAAAUAGUUGAGAUGUCCGACUUCAGCUUACAAGACCUCGCCAGUCUUCAGGAGCUGUACAUUAAUCACAAUCAGAUCAGCUCCAUCGCUCCCAAUGCCUUUGCCGGUUUGCGUAACCUGCUCAGGCUCCAUCUGAACUCCAACAGGCUCAAGGCAAUUGACAGCCGCUGGUUUGAAUCAACUCCCAACCUUGAGAUUCUAAUGAUUGGGGAAAAUCCUGUGGUUGGCAUCCUGGAUUUGAACUUCAAGCCUCUUACCAGCUUGAGAAGCCUGGUGCUGGCAGGAAUGGAGCUCACAGAUAUUCCAGGCAAUGCUUUUGUUGGACUAGACAACUUGGAGAGUAUCUCAUUUUAUGAUAAUAAACUUGUUAGGGUGCCACAGACUGCUUUGCAGAAACUUCCAAACCUGAAAUUUCUGGAUUUGAACAAGAAUCCCAUUCAUAAAAUUCAGCAAGGAGACUUUAGGAACAUGCUCCGGCUGAAAGAACUUGGCAUUAACAACAUGGUAGAACUUGUGUCCAUUGAACGCUUUGCCCUUGAUAACCUUCCAGAACUAACCAAACUUGAAGCCACAAACAACCCUAAAUUUUCCUACGUGAGCCGUUCAGCAUUCCGUGAUUUGCCGUCGCUGGAGAGUCUAAUGCUUAAUAACAAUGCUCUAAACUCCCUGUACCAGGCUACAGCAGAGUCACUUCCCAACCUGAGGGAGAUCAGUAUCCAUAGCAACCCACUGCGCUGUGACUGCGUUAUUCAGUGGAUGGGCUCAAACAAGACGACAAUUCGAUUCAUGGAGCCACUGUCAAUGUUCUGUGCCAUGCCACCUGAGGUUAGAAGUCAGCGCGUGAAGGAGGUGCUUUCGCACGAAACUUCCGGUCAAUGUCUGCCCUUGAUUUCUCAUGACACCUUCCCCAAUCACCUCAACCUGGACAUAGGGAUGACAGUAGACCUUGAUUGUCAUGCAAUGGCCGAACCUGAACCCGAAAUAUAUUGGGUUACACCAUCCGGUAACAAAGUAAUGAUAGAUACAGUGUCUGAUAAAUACCAACUCAGCAGUGCAGGAACCUUGCACAUAUCCAAUAUUCAAGUAGACGACUCCGGCCACUACACUUGUGUGGCCCAAAAUACAGAAGGAGCUGAUACUCGGGUAACUGCCAUUCGUGUCAACGGGACUCUCCUGGAUAGCACCCAGCUUAUGAAGAUCUAUGUGAAACAUACCGAGACCCAUUCAAUAUUAGUGUCUUGGAAGGUAAACUCCAAUGUCAUGACAUCCAACCUGAAGUGGUCGUCAGCCACCAUGAAAAUUGACAACCCUCACAUCACCUACACGGCUAAAGUCCCUGUAGAUGUCCAUGAGUACAACCUCACCCACCUUCAGCCAGCCACUGAAUAUGAGGUCUGUCUGUCUGUCUCCAACAUUCACCAGCAGACCCAAAAGUCUUGCGUCAACGUCACAACCAAGCAUGCCACGUUUGCCAUCGAGAUCUCGGACCAAGGCGCCAAUACGGCUCUUGCUGCUGUUAUGGGAACAAUCCUGGCCAUCAUAAGCCUGGGAUCCAUAACCGUCUACAUUGCAAAGAGAUGGAAGAGAAAGAACUACCAUCACUCUUUAAAGAAGUACAUGCAGAAAACCUCCUCCAUCCCCCUAAAUGAGCUGUAUCCACCCCUCAUUAACCUUUGGGAAGCAGACAGUGAAAAGGACAAGGAGGGUUCGUCGGAAACUAAGCCCUCCCAGGUCGACACAACGAGGAGUUAUUACAUGUGGUGAACCUUACCAGACUUGUCUUCUUCAGAGCACAAAGACACAUCUUUGCUUAUUUGUGCGUAAAACAGACAUGGAGUUUCUUUUUUCUGCUUUGCUUACUGAAAGCAACUAUUCAGACUGAUAUCUCUGACUUUUUAGUAGAGUGUAUUGCCUUUCUUCUUUGACUUUCAAUAUGGCAGCUUCGUUUAGCUUCCGAGAAAUCUUAGUAGCUGUGCUUUUUCUUUCGUUACAUUUUAAUAGCACAGCAUAGACGUCGAGGAUUGACUUUGGGUCGAAUGAUGCCGUAGCACUAUAUCUGAUCCGAUAUCGAUACGGCGGUAUUCAUAGAGAAUGCAUUGUUUCUUUCUCUCUUUCGUAAGACAGUUUAACUGUUGUGCACUGAAAUAUAUUAACAAAAUCAUCCUUGGACUUCACUGUAAGCUGACAAGGUGAGUUUAGACUCGAUACACUGUCUAUUGAAUAACGUUAGCAAUUGUUCUGUAAUGUUGUAUCAACUAUAAUUUGAACAUUUUGGAUUUUCUCAAAAGUAAGUUUUAAUUUAGACGUUAACUUUGCAGAACUGUAAACCAGCAAUAGAAACGUGAAUGUUUAAUAACUAGGUAGUAGAAAAAUGCUUUUUUUAUUAUUCAGAUUCUUCUUUUUUAAUUGGCUAGAAUCUGUUAAUCUGUUGUAAUUAACACAUGCAAAAUACGUUGCAUAUUACAGCGCAAACAAAAAUAAAAUACUGUUUUGUUCAGAUAUUUUUUAUACAA